AUGGAACGUGAAUUUCAUACGCCAUCAAACUCAAACAACGUAGCAAUAUCAACACAGGAUGCCGAAGCUACAAAUACUUCUGAUUAUGAAAUAUCUAGCAAAAUGGACUUUGGAAGUGGUAUAGACUUGAAUGGUUUCGUAGAUGUUGAAAAUAAUGAAGUUGGAGGUAGUGAAGAAGAGUCAGAAGUAGUCAGAAGACCAAGUGAAAAUGCUGAAUUAAUUCAUUCCAGAAUGCGUCAAGAAUUGAUCCCUGUAGUUGGUAUAGAGUUUGAAACAGAAAAAGAUGCACUUGCUUUCUACAAUCGAUAUGCAUAUAGAUUUGGUUUCGGUACUAGAUUAAGUAAAGCACAUACAUCCUCCAGUGGCUUAUUGAAGGACAGACUUUUUGUUUGCUCGGCUGAAGGUAAACGUAGAAAAGACAAGCGAAGCGUAAACAUCUCUCUUGCUCAAAAUGUUCAAGCUGAUAUGGCUGAAGAUGCAGGACUCGAUCCAAAGGAAACUCUUGAGCUAUUGAGUCAACAAGCUGGUGGGCGUGAGAAUCUAGGAUUUAUUCCAGAAGAUUAUAAGAACUAUUUACGUUCAAAUCGAACACGAGAAAUGAAGUCAGGGGAUACAGGAGGUGUAUUGGAAUAUCUACAAAGAAUGCAAUCGGAGAAUCCCAGUUUUUCUUAUGCUAUACAAGUUGAUGUGGAUGAUUUGAUAACCAAUAUUUUCUGGGCUGAUGCAAAGAUGAAGGUAGACUAUGAUUACUUUGGUGAUGUAGUAUGUUUUGAUACCACCUACAGGAAAAAUAAAGAAGGAAGACCAUUUGCGAUGUUUGUUGGUGUCAAUAAUCAUAAGCAAACACUCAUAUUUGGUGCUGCGUUGUUAUAUGAUGAGACUGCUGAAACUUUCAUGUGGUUGUUUGAUACUUUUGCAAAUACAAUGUCUGGGAAGGACACCAAAAAGCAUAUUGACUGA